CCCCCCAUCAUGCCCGGUGGGUGCUUCCCAAGCGCCCUCUGACCCGGAAAGACACGCCGGCUUCAUGCGAUCGCCUGCGGCCCAGCAUCGGCCCCAGAACCGCGGAGUUUCCCGAGCGUCGCUUCGGUUGCCAGCCGUAGGAUGUCCGCCAGGCCCAAGAAGCGCCCUGCGGAGCGGCAGAUGGAGGAGACGGAACGGCAGAAGAACCUGAAGCGGCUGCAGGUGAUGGGGGAGCAGCCGGACGAGGAGCGGCGACUGGAGGAGCUGCUGUUCGGCGGCGAGGAGGCGCUGCUGGAGAGGCUGCAGCCAACACAAAGGAAGGAUCGGGAGCAAACCUUGCUGAAUGAAUCCUCCAGUGACUCGGAAGUGGAAAAUGAAGCCAAAUCCGGUUUCCCUCCACACAAGAGAGCAGCGUGGGUGGAUGAGGAGGACGGAGCAGACGAUGAAGUAGAAAUGACACAUCGGUUCCGGAAAGAUCUAGUGAAAAGCAGCAUGGAGAAGACCCUCACCAUGCAAAAGCUCCAGCAGAGAUUAAAAGAGCAGUUCCAGACUGCGAUGGGUGGGACACCAUCCUGGGCAGAGAGGAAGGUUAAAAACAAAAGAAAGGAGAAGGAAGACUCAGCCGAAGAAAGCGAUGAUGACGAUGACUUGCUACGAAAAACUGGCAACUUUGUAUCUGCCUCCUCUGCUCUUCCCAAGGAUAUAUUACAGAUAAAGAAAUGCACUGAUGCCAACCACGCCAGGCCGUCCACCUGCAACUUAACGACAACACAGUUCCAUCCUUUGGCUCAAGUAAUACUCACUGCUGGGAAUGACCAGGCCAUCUCGCUCUUUCAGGUCGAUGGAAAGACGAACCCCAAAAUUCAGAGCGUCUGCCUGCAGAGGUUUCCCGUGUUCAAAGCUCGGUUCAGUGCAGAUGGUGAACAGGUUAUCGCUACCACCAAACAUGGCAAGAUGUUCUAUAAGUACGACAUGAUGGCUGGGGCAGUCAUCCCACUCAGUGUCCGAGGUAUGCAGGAUUGGCAAGCCAGAAGGUUUGAAGUCUCACCAGAUGGCCAGUUUCUGCUGUUCCUUGGCUCCUCUGGCUAUCUGCACCUUCUCUCCUCAAAGACUAAUGAGUUUGUGGGUAGUAUGAAGGUCAAUGGCCUGGCAGUUGGCGCUGCCUUCUCUCCGGAUGGCAGCACAGUCUACACAAACUCAGAUGAAGGAGACGUUUAUGUCUGGGACGUGAAGAGCAGGAGGUGUCUGAAUAGGUUCACAGAUGAGGGCUGUUUGAAGGGGAUAUGCAUUGCCAUUUCUCGGAACGGGCAGUACCUCGCCUGCGGGUGCAGUUCUGGAAUUGUGAAUGUGUACUCACGAGACAGCCUGAACCAAUCCAGCCCUAAGCCCGUUAAAUCCAUCACGAACUUGGUUACUGCCGUUUCAUCAAUGGCCUUCAACCCAACCACAGAGAUCUUGGCAAUUGCUUCAAAGGACACAGAUGAUGCAGUCAAGUUGAUUCACAUCCCAUCCUUCACAGCGUUCUCAAAUUUCCCGAUGUUUCGACGGAAGACCAUACACCUGGCACAGGAGAUGGAUUUCUCACCCAGAAGUGGUUUCUUUUCCAUUGCCAAUAAUCGAGGCAAGGCCCUGCUGUACAGGGUGAAGCACUAUACGGACUUCUAACCCUCACCCUCGGCAGCACCGUGAUCCCCAACUCAGCAUCGCAACAUGGAACACAACACCAUCGCUGGGUUUGGCUGCCGUGGCCCCACCUCUGGGGAGUGACAGUCCUUUCACGAAGGAACCCCUCGAUUCUAUGAAAUGUUUUAAUGGUUUCAGCAUUUUGUUCUAUUGUGGACGUGUUUGUAUGAUAAAUAAACCUGCAGUGCGGACCCAUGUAGAGUGGAGUGCUUUAGGUUCCAGACACAGCCCCAGCAGUAGUGACGCUGGCACCAUUCAACCACCCUGAGCCAUCUUCAAUACCAGCCUCUUGUACAGGAGCAGUUUCCUGACAACACCGAUGGCAGAACCACCAGCAUAGUGGCUACUGAAUUAACACCAGUGUCUCGCUCCCCCCCUCCCCUCGCUCCAAGGGCUUCCGCCACCAUUCCUUUCCUGUUCCAGUCCUGUUAGAAGACCCCUGGGCUUUCUGUGACAGGCUGGGUUUGUGACCUUUGACACUGAACCCUGAGAGGAGAAAACUGUUUCUAAAGUGUAACGACCGUACAGCACAGGAACAGGCCUUUCAGCAACUCUACCCCAGCUUCCCAGCUCCUCGCCCUGACUAUAUCCCAGGCUCCCCGACUGUACCCCAGGCUUCCUGCCCUGACUCGACUCUACCCCAUUCUCUCCUCCCUGACUCGACACUGCCCCAGGCUCCUGGCUUCUUGGCUCCUCACCCCAACUCUACCCCAGGCUGCCUGACCCACCCCCACUCUACCCCAGGAUCCCCCUGCUCCCCUGCCUGACCUAACUCUACCCCAAGGUCCCCAUUCCCUGCCCUGCUUAUACCACAGGUUGCCUGACUACCCCAGGCUCCCCAAACCCUGCCCCAACUCUACUCCAGGCUGUCCGGCUCCUCUUGCUGCCUCACCCACUCAUCCUAGGAUCGAGCUUUGCACCUAACCCCUGCCAAUUGGGUUGAGCUCCAACUGUGCAGCCUACCCUUCAUUGCCGGGUUCUUGCUGUGCUCCCCUCUCAGCCAGUUGGAUGGGGCCCUACCGAGGAGACUGAGGGUGGGGGUUGCUCUGAUAUCCCAGGGUUACCCUCUGCCCAUAGUCCAGGCUCUGCACCAACUCGGUAUCUGUGGGUAAAGCUGGGCACAAGGAACACCAGGUUCAGCUCAUGAAACCUUUGGACAUUGAACCACAGCUGAAGAGGUCUUGUCAUGCUGAACUAAUUAGAUUAGUAAUCAGAUGAACUAAUCCCUUCUGUCUACCCAAUGUCCAUAUCCUUAUUUUCCUGCCAUUUAUGUGCCUAUGUAAGAGCCUAAAACAUAUUUGCCUUUGCCCCUUCUCAUUUUAAACAGAUGUCCUGUGGGAUUAGGUAUUUCAACCCUGGGAGAAAGAUUGUGUUCAAGAAUGAACAGAGAUUUAUCAAGCAGGUUGCAAGCAAACAGCACUCUGCUGGGCUUAUUAACGGCCACAUUUAAAAAGCUUUCCACUCAGUUAAUAUGGUUAUUAACAGAUCAUAAUUCAUUCAGAAGAAUAUCCACAUAAUUAAUGCCAUG